AUGGAAACUCAUGUAGAUGAGGGUACGCCUUUGAGCAACUAUCUCGAGGGUUCGGGGGAGAAAGAGAUCCAGUGGCAGGAACCGGAACCGGAAACCGACGACAAUAGAGACGACCACGACAAUUCGCCGCCUUCCACACCACGGGACUUCGCUCCCAGGGGCCUCGCAAAGGUCAGGAAGAAGUUCAGAGAUCGCGGACCCAAGCCGAUGAAGCUCGAAAUCCACACUCCGGCGCACGUCAGCCUAGACCAUGUCCAGACCCAUAGCUCUCCCGUCCUCGAGAUGGCGCGGGUGCUGCUCGAGGCGGUGACCUCGUCGAUCGACCGGACGCGAUCUAUCGGGUUUCUGGAGCGCUUAAGGCUUGCUAUAGUGCAAUCCCAGUUACUAGACAACCCCUUGGUACUCGGACUACAACCGCUUGCAGAGGCUUCGGUCUCGCAGCCGGCGGGCGAACUCAACUUUCAUGGGCUCACGACCUCUGGAGUUGUUGCCGCGGCGGUGUUUGGUUUCGGCGUCGCAUCUCUCAUCCGAUGGUUCUCGCUGGGUGGCUUGGUGCCGACGGGGAAGCGGCUACUGGUCUCUGCGGGUGUGGUUGUCGUGGCUCUCUUCAUAUUAAGAGCGUACGUGCGCAGGCAGAUGCUGAGGAAUAUUCAACGGCAGGGGCUGGUGGAGGCCGCCUCGUUCUUCUCGCUCUCCCACGACUUUGACUGUGCGAACAGUGCGGCGCUCAACUUCAUUAUGGAGGUUGAGUUGGUCGCUCGCGGAUACCGACUAAGCACUCCAAUCCCGCCUAUCAGCCGGUUGGAAAAUAACGGCCAGAACGUCAAAUGCCUUCAACUAAGACAUACCCUUCGAACCAGUCUCACGGAGGUGAUAUCCUCAUACUACCAAACUGCUUUUACGAUAUGGGCGUUCGCAGAGCAGACCGAGCUAUUGCAGUUGCAAUCUCAAUACCAGUUCACAGUGGCGGACGUCGUGGAGAGAUUUGAAGCAUUUUCGAGGGCUGAUGCCCAGAAUGCCGAGAAGUUGCAGACCUUGAAGGACGCCGCGUUCUUGUUCCACGAUAUUCGGAAAGUGUUCCUCAGUGGUCUGCUCGCUUUAAAUUCGGUGCACAACGACUCGGAUCGUCUACGGUUUACUACGGUGUCGGAGGCUUUCAAAGCAUUGAAUACGGUGACCGCUCGGGCACAUUCGAAAGUGCGAGACAUUCUUGCCGAGAACGACUACCAAGUGCCGAAGUCUCCCAGGACCCCGCAGACGCCGGGCCAUGAACGAUGGCGCCAUCAGGUCCGCAGACUUGGCUCGAUGACCAUGAAUAUCCGCAGUGUCCAAGCUAAGUUGAGUCUCUUACGAGAAGAGUCGUCUAGAGCGCUGAAUGAGGCGGAUGAUAUCAAAGACAUUGGACCGCUGUUCAUGUCUCAAUACGACUCGAUAGGACAAGACUUGCGAGAUCUGAUGGAAGCUUGGCAGUCCGGCAAAGCGACUUUGGCGUCUGGUAUCGAUAGGAACGAGAAGCGUCUAUCUUCGGUCGGCUCGGUCAUGAUGUCUCCAACCAGCACGAUGAGCGGCCGAACCAUUACUGAGGAGGACGAGAGCAGUCCUGAUGAGCGCGAAUCAGGCGUGGACGAUGCUUUGAAGAAGCUGAAUGGAGAUUUGCCGCCAACGGUGGAACUGAAGAACCCGGAAAUGCGCAGGGAGCCCGAGGUCUUUGAGGCAAUUUCGAUACCGCGGCCGAGGAGCAUGCUCACACGAGACGAGAGAAUCGUUCGGAUGAGAGAGGACCGCAAAGCCAAAGAGAUCGCCAAGGCAAAGGCCGAGGCACACAGAGGCAUGAUGCGCGAGCUACAGGGCGUCCUCGAAAGAAAACCCUCCAGCACGCGAGUCUCGCUAUGA